AGAGACCCUGGGAAAAGCUGCGGCUGGAGGAGCGCGAGGCGGAGAAGGAAGCGAGGAAAGUCAGCAAGAGCAUCGACCGCGCGCUCAAGGAGCAGAAGCGGGAGUACAAGCAGACGCACCGCCUGCUGCUGCUCGGGGCUGGUGAGUCAGGGAAAAGCACUAUCGUGAAACAGAUGAGGAUCCUGCAUGUCAAUGGAUUUAAUUCAGAAGAAAAGAAACAGAAAAUACUGGAUAUUCGGAAAAAUGUUAAAGAUGCUAUUGUGACUAUAGUUUCAGCUAUGAGCACUUUAAUACCCCCAGUUCCAUUGGCCAACCCAGAAAACCAAUUUCGAAUGGACUACAUCAAGAGUAUAGCUCCACUUUCUGACUUUGACUAUACACAGAUCAGAAGUCUCUGCUACCCAGGUGGUCCCCAAGGGUGAAAUCUCCAUCUCCAUUUAUGGUACAGAUGCAUCACUCUAGUGGCAGAU